UAGGGCUGAGUAGGUGAGGGGAGUGCAAACUACAACUUUGGAAAAGAUUCAGGAAAUACAUUUCUAAUCAUACAGGGUGGAAACAUUUUCACCUAUUGGAUUUAUUGCUUGAGGAAUUUAUUUCUGUACAAUGGGGGAUUUACAUCAAGGUGUCUACAUCGUCUUUGUAGAAAGGCAACACUUUUUCCAGCCAUGGAACUCCACAGAAGAUAAAGGACAGUUCUUGUGAAAGUCCCGUUGAUGUCAGAUCUAGGAAACUAAUGGUUUGGCGUAACUAGGAUUAACUGGUUGCUGGACAGUUCCAUUGGCGAUACAACAAGGCGAUGCCACCCCAGGACGACGGAGAUUAUAAACCUGUAGCGGUGUCGGCGGCGGUCCCACCGGUUCCUCCUCCGAGGGUUCGGAGCAGAGAGUCGUUUUCGGGCUCCAAGUGUCGGCCCGGUGGCGGAGAGCGCAAAGUGAAGUGUGUGCUUGUCGGUGACGGCGCAGUUGGGAAGACGAGCUUGAUUGUCAGCUACACCACAAAUGGAUAUCCAACUAAAUAUGUCCCAACUGCCUUUGAUAAUUUUUCAGCGGUCGUGGCAGUUGAUGGCAAGCCAGUGAAACUGCAGCUUUGUGACACAGCUGGACAGGAUGAGUUUGACAAGCUGCGUCCGCUCUGCUACACCAACGCAGACAUCUUCCUGCUGUGCUUCAGUGUCGUCAGCCCCUCCUCCUUCCAGAACGUAACAGAGAAAUGGGUGCCAGAGAUUCGCCGGCACUGCCCGCAGGCACCGGUGGUUCUGGUGGGCACCCAGUCAGACCUGCGGGAGGAUGUUAAUGUUCUGAUUGAGCUGGCCAAGUACAAAGAGAGGCCUGUGGUGCCCCAGGAGGCCCAGCAGUGUGCCGAGGACAUGAGGGCCGUGUCAUACAUGGAGUGCUCAUCACUCACCCAGAAGAAUCUCAAAGAGGUGUUUGACGCAGCCAUCGUGGCCAGCAUCCAGCACUCUGACAGUCAGCAGCAGCAGCAUCGACUGACAAAACGGACUCCAGACAAGAUGAAGAAGCUUUCUAAGUCAUGGUGGAAGAAGUACUGUUGCGUGGUUUAGCCUCUAUCUGUGUGUGUGACAGAACGGACGCAUAGGUUCCAAUUUUGCUUCCAUGUCAGCACGUUAACAGACUUCAGGGGCAGUAAGGAAAACAGUGACUGGAAUAUGGACGAAGGUCUGGUCUGAAGUAUCUGAGUUAUGUGUAGGUUAGGCCUCAAUGACCCCAUGCUAUUUUUGCUUUACCAACGUGAGCUGCACUGGAGACAGAGCUGACUUCCCUCAAAGACUACUCAUUGACUUUCCACUGCCUUAUAUCCAUGAUCCUAGGGGGGGGGGCAGCUUCUACAUGGACUACUGUGGAAGAUGAAGCCCUCUUGAUAACCAGGAGGGCUUAUGUUGUUAUAUCAUUGUUUUAUUAACCUGGUUUACUCUGACCUUUCCCAUGGUAAGUGUACAGUAUGUAAACUCAGAUUCAUUUAGCAUAUGAGAUUGAGUCAACUUUCCGAUGUGGGAUUUACCAUCUCUUCGAUUUAGCAGUGCCUAUGGUAAAAAAAAAGAAUCUGUGCAGUAAUCAGAUAAUGCGAGGAGAGUACUGUGUAACGUUCAUUAUUUUAAUGCGUGUUCUUUCAGCCCAUAUUGGAGAGCCUCAUUUGGCUUGUUGUCUAAUGUACAAACCACACAGAAACAUAGAUUUUUUUUUCUCCAAAAAUAUUUUUCCAGAAUUUCUAACUGUUGUUUACAUUAGGACAUGUGUUCUGUCCAAGCUCAUAUGAGGGUCACAGUCUCUAGCUAUGUGCUGGAAUUCUAACUAGACUUGUUGACCUUUGGUUCACUUCACCAUAGCACCACCUGAGGGGUUUUAAACAAACACCUUACUUUGUACAGGGCUGACUGCAGCUGAGUCAACGUUAACUCUUAACCACCUUACUUUGUACAGGGCUGACUGCAGCUGAGUCAAUGUUAACUCUUAACCACCUUACUCUGUACAGGGCUGACUGCAGCUGAGUCAAUGUUAACUCUUAACUACCUUACUCUGUACAGGGCUGACUGCAGCUGAGUCAACGUUAACUCUUAACUACCUUACUUUGUACAGGGCUGACUGCAGCUGAGUCAACGUUAACUCUUAACCACCUUACUUUGUACAGGGCUGACUGCAGCUGAGUCAAUGUUAACUCUUAACUACCUUACUCUGUACAGGGCUGACUGCAGCUGAGUCAACGUUAACUAUUAACUACCUUACUUUGUACAGGGCUGACUGCAGCUGAGUCAAUGUUAACUAUUAACUACCUUACUUUGUACAGGGCUGACUGCAGCUGAGUCAACGUUAACUCUUAACUACCUUACUUUGUACAGGGCUGACUGCAGCUGAGUCAAUGUUAACUAUUAACUACCUUACUUUGUACAGGGCUGACUGCAGCUGAGUCAAUGUUAACUCUUAACCACCUUACUUUGUACAGGGCUGACUGCAGCUGAGUCAAUGUUAACUAUUAACUACCUUACUUUGUACAGGGCUGACUGCAGCUGAGUCAAUGUUAACUAUUAACUACCUUACUUUGUACAGGGCUGACUGCAGCUGAGUCAACGUUAACUCUUAACUACCUUACUUUGUACAGGGCUGACUGCAGCUGAGUCAAUGUUAACUAUUAACUACCUUACUUUGUACAGGGCUGACUGCAGCUGAGUCAACGUUAACUCUUAACCACCUUACUUUGUACAGGGCUGACUGCAGCUGAGUCAAUGUUAACUAUUAACUACCUUACUCUGUACAGGGCUGACUGCAGCUGAGUCAACGUUAACUCUUAACUACCUUACUCUGUACAGGGCUGACUGCAGCUGAGUCAACGUUAACUCUUAACUACCUUACUCUGUACAGGGCUGACUGCAGCUGAGUCAACGUUAACUCUUAACUACCUUACUCUGUACAGGGCUGACUGCAGCUGAGUCAACGUUAACUCUUAACUACCUUACUCUGUACAGGGCUGACUGCAGCUGAGUCAACGUUAACUCUUAACUACCUUACUUUGUACAGGGCUGACUGCAGCUGAGUCAACGUUAACUCUUAACUACCUUACUCUGUACAGGGCUGACUGCAGCUGAGUCAAUGUUAACUCUUAACUACCUUACUCUGUACAGGGCUGACUGCAGCUGAGUCAACGUUAACUCUUAACUACCUUACUUUGUACAGGGCUGACUGCAGCUGAGUCAACGUUAACUAUUAACUACCUUACUUUGUACAGGGCUGACUGCAGCUGAGUCAACGUUAACUCUUAACUACCUUACUCUGUACAGGGCUGACUGCAGCUGAGUCAACGUUAACUCUUAACUACCUUACUUUGUACAGGGCUGACUGCAGCUGAGUCAACGUUAACUCUUAACUACCUUACUUUGUACAGGGCUGACUGCAGCUGAGUCAACGUUAACUCUUAACCACCUUACUCUGUACAGGGCUGACUGCAGCUGAGUCAACGUUAACUCUUAACCACCUUACUUUGUACAGGGCUGACUGCAGCUGAGUCAAUGUUAACUAUUAACUACCUUACUCUGUACAGGGCUGACUGCAGCUGAGUCAAUGUUAACUAUUAACUACCUUACUCUGUACAGGGCUGACUGCAGCUGAGUCAACGUUAACUAUUAACUACCUUACUCUGUACAGGGCUGACUGCAGCUGAGUCAAUGUUAACUAUUAACUACCUUACUCUGUACAGGGCUGACUGCAGCUGAGUCAACGUUAACUCUUAACUACCUUACUCUGUACAGGGCUGACUGCAGCUGAGUCAACGUUAACUCUUAACUACCUUACUCUGUACAGGGCUGACUGCAGCUGAGUCAACGUUAACUCUUAACUACCUUACUCUGUACAGGGCUGACUGCAGCUGAGUCAACGUUAACUCUUAACUACCUUACUCUGUACAGGGCUGACUGCAGCUGAGUCAACAUUAACUCUUAACUACCUUACUCUGUACAGGGCUGACUGCAGCUGAGUCAACGUUAACUCUUAACCACCUUACUUUGUACAGGGCUGACUGCAGCUGAGUCAAUGUUAACUAUUAACUACCUUACUCUGUACAGGGCUGACUGCAGCUGAGUCAACGUUAACUCUUAACCACCUUACUUUGUACAGGGCUGACUGCAGCUGAGUCAAUGUUAACUAUUAACUACCUUACUCUGUACAGGGCUGACUGCAGCUGAGUCAACGUUAACUCUUAACUACCUUACUCUGUACAGGGCUGACUGCAGCUGAGUCAACGUUAACUCUUAACUACCUUACUCUGUACAGGGCUGACUGCAGCUGAGUCAACGUUAACUCUUAACUACCUUACUUUGUACAGGGCUGACUGCAGCUGAGUCAACGUUAACUCUUAACUACCUUACUUUGUACAGGGCUGACUGCAGCUGAGUCAAUGUUAACUCUUAACUACCUUACUCUGUACAGGGCUGACUGCAGCUGAGUCAACGUUAACUCUUAACUACCUUACUUUGUACAGGGCUGACUGCAGCUGAGUCAACGUUAACUCUUAACCACCUUACUUUGUACAGGGCUGACUGCAGCUGAGUCAAUGUUAACUCUUAACUACCUUACUUUGUACAGGGCUGACUGCAGCUGAGUCAAUGUUAACUCUUAACUACCUUACUUUGUACAGGGCUGACUGCAGCUGAGUCAACGUUAACUAUUAACUACCUUACUUUGUACAGGGCUGACUGCAGCUGAGUCAACGUUAACUAUUAACUACCUUACUCUGUACAGGGCUGACUGCAGCUGAGUCAACGUUAACUCUUAACUACCUUACUCUGUACAGGGCUGACUGCAGCUGAGUCAACGUUAACUAUUAACUACCUUACUCUGUACAGGGCUGACUGCAGCUGAGUCAAUGUUAACUUUUAACCACCUUACUUUGUACAGGGCUGACUGCAGCUGAGUCAACGUUAACUCUUAACAGCUAGCAGAGUAAGGUAGUUAUUAAUGACUAUGAGCAAAUAAUUCAAUAUCUUUCUGAAACCAAUACCAUGGAAAGAGUAUGUUAAUUGUCCCAAGCAAGCUUAACAAUACCAUAAUCUUGUAUUAUGUUGAAAAAAAGUUGUCUAUACCUAUUUUCCUAUCACUGUGGCAUAUGUGAUGUCUAUCUCUAUCAAUACAGUGUUCUGAUUUAACCUAUAGAGAUGAGGUUAUUAGAAUUUCAAAAUGAUAACCAUAGAAUUAGGAAUUAGAAUACUAAAAUGGACAUGAACAUUCUUAAGAUGGUCCAAAGGUCAGCCAUUUUGUUCAGGGAGUUGGGCAACUAUGGUUUGACAGUGCUGUGAUAAGAUAUGGUGUGAAACAAUGAAUGUGUAGAAUUUAUCUGUACUGUGUGUUUGUUAGUUUUAGAGGAAUUUUUCCAUUAAUUGUUCAAAUUAAAUGCCAAUAUGCCAACAUUCCAUUCAAACAAUGCAGUCAAUCCACAGACGUACACUGGCCGAAAUCAGUUGAUGAUAGGACUGAGACAACUUGUAAAUGCAACAACUACUGAUACUGUAUCAUAAAAGCACUCACAACUUUCCAAGAAAAUAAAAUCUGAGACAUUUA